AGUCCCAACCUGCAUCUCUGAAUAGCAUUCUGAGAUGCUAUUCUUCUCACCACAAUUGUACAGAGCAGUUACCUGAGUUACCAUAGACUUUGUCUCACUGAAUGUUUUUUGUUUUUGUAAAUUGUAGAGACUGUUUUGCGUGAAAAUCCCAGAAGAUCAGCAGUUACAGAAAUACUCAAUCCAGCCCAUCUGGCGCCAACAAUCAUGCCACGGUCCAAAUCACUGAGAUACAUUUUUUCCCCUGACCCAUAUCUGCAUGAUUGUAUGCACUGCACUGCUGCCACACGAUUGGCUAUUUAGAUUAUAGCAUGAUGAUUGUUGGUUCAAGACAGACUGGUUUGAGUAUUUCUGUAACUGCUGAGCUCUUGUGAUUUUCACACACAACAGUCUCUAGAAUUUACUCCAAGUGGCAGUUCUGUGGAUGGAAAUGCCUUGUUGAUGAUAGAGGUCAACCGAGAAUGGCAAGACUGUUUCGAAAUGACAAAGUCUAGGGUAACUCAAUUGUGGUGAGAAUAAUAGCAUAUAAGAUCCAGCUUCUCUGGAUUCAUUUUAAACAACACAAUACUAAUGUAUGGUAAGUGUUCAGAAAUCAAUAUUUGGUGGAAUAACAAUGAUUUUCAAUCACAGCUUUUUGGCAUGCUCUUUACCAAUCUUUCACAUUGCUGUUGGGUGACUUUAUGCCACUCCUGGUGCAAAAAUUCAAGCAGCUUGGCUUUGGUGGUCCUCCAUCCACACCUUGAUUGACCUGGCUGUGUGGCAUUGAGCAUUGUCCUGCAGAGGAAAAAUCAACCCUCAGAGUAUACUGUCAGAGCAGAAGGAAGCAAGUUUUCUUCCAGGAUAACCUUAUAGUAGCAUCUGGAGUGUGCCAUACUGACUGGACUAUGCUGUAUGAGGUUGGUAAAGGUAUGAAUCCUCAGCCCUUUCCUUUGGUCUUGGGACACGAGGGUGCUGGAGUGGUGGAGAGUGUUGGACCAGGUGUCACAAAGCUGGCCAAAGGAGAUAAAGUUAUUCCUCUGGUGUUGGCACAGUGUGGACAAUGUCAGCGUUGCCUGAGCCCAAAGACAAACCUCUGCACAAAAACGUGGGAACAAACUCAGCAGUGUCUUCUUGCAGAUGGCACUAGCAGGAUCACCUGUAAGAAUCAGCAGGUUUAUCAGUUUAUUGGUAUCAGCACAUUCACUGAAUUCACUGUUGUGCCUGAGGACAAUGUCACAAAGAUUCACCCAGAUGCUCCACUGGACAAAGUCUGUCUGCUGGGCUGUGGAGUAUCUACAGGAUAUGGGGCAGCAUUGAACACAGGAAAAGUAGAAGCUGGCUCUACCUGUGCAGUGUUUGGUUUGGGAGCUGUCGGGCUGGCAGCUGUCAUGGGAUGCAAGGCUGCUGGUGCCACCAGAAUCAUUGCCAUUGACAUCAACCCAAAUAAGUUUGAGAUCGCCAAGACAUUUGGAGCAACUGAGUUUUUGAACCCUAAAGACCACAGUAAACCUAUUCAGGAGGUGCUGAGGGAGCUGACGAAUGGUGGUGUUGACUAUGCUCUUGAGUGUGUGGGGAAUGUGGGUGUAAUGCGGGCUGCUGUGGAAGCAUGCAGUCCUGCAGGGGGAGUCUGUGUGAUGGUGGGCUGGACUCAAGUAGGGGAACUUACUCUGGUCGCUGAGGAUAUCCUGCUGGGGAAAACUCUAAAAGGCUCCUAUUUUGGUGGAUGGAAGAGUGCAGAGGGAGUGUCCAAGUUGGUGCUCGACUAUAUGAGCGGACAGCUUCUACUGGAUGAGUUUGUGACACACAGACUGAGUCUAGAUCACGUUAAUGAGGCAUUUGAUCUCAUGAUCACUGGGAAAAGUAUUCGGACAGUGAUCAAGAUGUGAAAUAGAAGUGAUGUCCCAUCUCCUUCAAAUGUGUUUGAAAGUUCAAAAUGUUUAUUGAUGAUGUGCUGUCUGUCAACUGUCCAUUGAAUACCUGGUAGUCUUGUGAAAUGGACUGUUUUCUCAUAUUUACAAAAAAGAAAAGAUGAGAUAUUUUGAAAAAAAUAAUACAUUUGUACACAGGAAAGGAAAUGUCAUAUUGUGAUAUCUAUAUAUAGAUAUAGAUAUAUUAAAGUUUUACUCCUGAAUCUUGAUAUAGUUCUUUGUAAAUAUUUGUAUUUGUAAGAAAUAUAUCUUGAGACACUCUCUGUCCAUCUGUUGUGUUCCACACAGUAAAUCUUAAUCUGAUGCAUUUGAUUUGGUUGUGUCUGCACUCUAUCAGCAGUAGAUGGCAAGCUUUCACUGAUAAACAACCCUUAUUCGUUCCCACUUUCUCUCUCUUCUUAGUGUGCAGCAUGAGUCAGUAUUCCACCACUGUUGUCUGCAUUGUGACAUACAGAGUAAAGUUUUU